AGAACCGCCACGCCAGCGCCAUGCUCAGCGCACAGGAGCGCGCCCACGUAGCACAGGUCUGGGACCUGAUCGCGGGCCACGAGGCGCACUUCGGGGCGGAGCUGCUACUCAGGCUCUUCACGGUGUACCCUAGCACCAAGACCUACUUCCCGCACCUGGGCGCCUGCCAGGACCAAGAGCAUCUUCUGAGCCACGGACAGCGAAUGCUCGCGGCAGUGGGCGUGGCCGUGCAGCACCUGGACAACCUGCGCGCUGCACUGAGCCCGCUGGCCGACCUGCACGGGCAAGUGCUGCGCGUGGACCCCUCCAACUUCCCGCUGCUGAUCCAGUGUUUCCACGUGGUGCUGGCCUCCCAUUUGCAGGACGAGUUCACGGUGGAAAUGCAGGCAGCAUGGGACAAGUUCCUGACGGGCGUGGCCGUGGUGCUGACCGAGAAGUAUCGCUGAGCACCGCGCCCCGCAGGCCGGGGUCUGUGCGUGUCAAUAAACGAGGCC